AUGUCAAAUCAAAGGUCCUCAUCGUUGUCAUCCUCUCCCCACUCUCUGAGUGCCUUCUCGAACAAGAAGACCAUCAUUGUUAUCCUGCUACUCGUGACAGCCUUCCUUUACUUUAUAGCUUCAUCAUUCUUCUCUCGAGAGGGAGAAGACUUUUUAACAUCCAAACAUCUUGUCUCCAGCAGGGUCCAUCAUAACGAUUUACAAUUUAUAGAAAAUCAUGAUUUAAUUCGAAAAAAGUGGAUGAAGAGUAAACGUUUAAGUGUUGUGGAUGAUUGGCAAGAUGACUACAUGUUGGAUUUUACGAAUGCCAAAAUUUAUCCAGUGACCUUUCUGGAUUUGGAGCCUGUCGAAGAAAAUGCUAAUAUUGGACGAAUGAAAGCUUUGUGUAAAUUAUAUUUAUUUUCAUAUUUCACAUUCAACACAAGAGAAAGUUCGAAGGAUGAUUUUAUUAUUCCAACUGUGAUUGGAGCUGAAUCAGAUAAGAGUGAAACAUUUACUCCGUAUACUCACUGGAAGAAGGUUGAAAAGCUGCAUGAAUUUUUAAAUAGUCCAGAAUCCAAAUAUAUUAGACCCCAUGACUAUAUCAUGUUCAGUGAUGCCACUGACGUGUUUUUUGUCAACAAUAUUAAGAAAUCAAAGGAAAUAUUUGAGAACUAUUACAUGAAGCAAAUUGCUGGUAUUGACUUGGAGAAUGACGCAGAAAAACGAUGGCCAAUUGUUUUUUGUGCAGAGAAGAAUCGGUGGCCGCCAGAUGAUUUCAUGCAAAACAUGUUCGCAAAAACAGAAAAAGAGGAACAAAUGGUUUCAAAACAUUAUUACGACAGAGAUGGAUAUUUCAUUCAUCAAAAUUGUGAUCGAUCCAAUCAGCGAAUAUACCUUAACAGUGGAUUCAUGAUGGGAAGAAAACGUGAUUUCAUAGAAAUGCUCCACGUAGCACUCACAGAAGUCACUUUGGGAGAACCAAAGCCUCGAAUUGAAGACCAAGCUCUCUAUCAAUAUAUGCAUGCCACUCAAAAGUAUCCAUUCUUGACCGAUUGUGAAGCCAAACUCGUCUAUAGCCCAUUCAGUGUUUGUGAAAAUGUCAAAUCAGAUUCAUCUUCAGAAUGGGGAUGUUCUCUUACCGAUUCACCUCAUCGACCUUUUGCUCUUCAUAGUAAUGGAGGACUAUGUCCAAGUGUAUGCACGUGUUUGAGAACCAUUCACGAGUCGAGACACCUUAAACAAAAUAUUGAGAAGCAAUUGACAACAGAUUUUGCCAUUCAUUCCUAUCAUGUUGGCAUGAAAACAACCAAAAGGUAUCCACUCAUGCCCGUGUGUGGCAAGUAUUUGGAUGAGCAAUAUCCUGCUUCGGUAUGCAAUAGAUGA